CGGCGCCCACCUGCCGCCCCGACGGGAGCCUCGCGGACGCUGCCCGGGGCCGGGCGCCCGAGACACCAUGAGCCCCCGCUCGUGCCUGCGGUCGCUGCGACUCCUGGUCUUCGCCGUGUUCUCGGCCGCCGCGAGCAACUGGCUGUACCUGGCCAAGCUGUCAUCGGUGGGCAGCAUCUCCGAAGAGGAGACGUGCGAGAAGCUCAAAGGCCUGAUCCAGAGGCAGGUGCAGAUGUGCAAGCGGAACCUAGAGGUGAUGGACUCAGUGCGCCGUGGCGCCCAGCUGGCCAUUGAGGAGUGCCAAUAUCAGUUCCGGAAUCGACGCUGGAACUGCUCCACGCUGGACUCCCUGCCCGUCUUCGGGAAGGUGGUGACACAAGGGACCCGGGAGGCGGCCUUCGUGUAUGCCAUCUCUUCGGCAGGUGUGGCCUUUGCAGUGACAAGGGCGUGCAGCAGUGGAGAGCUGGAAAAGUGUGGCUGUGACCGGACAGUGCACGGGGUCAGCCCACAGGGCUUCCAGUGGUCAGGAUGCUCGGACAACAUCGCCUAUGGUGUAGCCUUCUCACAGUCCUUUGUGGACGUACGGGAGAGAAGCAAGGGGGCCUCCUCCAGUAGGGCACUCAUGAACCUGCACAACAACGAGGCCGGCAGGAAGGCCAUCUUGACGCACAUGCGGGUGGAGUGCAAGUGCCACGGGGUGUCGGGCUCCUGUGAGGUAAAGACGUGCUGGCGAGCUGUGCCGCCCUUCCGCCAGGUGGGCCAUGCCCUAAAGGAGAAGUUUGAUGGUGCCACAGAGGUGGAGCCACGUCGAGUGGGCUCCUCCCGGGCACUGGUGCCACGAAAUGCACAGUUCAAGCCACAUACAGAUGAGGACCUGGUGUACCUGGAGCCCAGUCCAGACUUCUGUGAGCAGGACAUGCGCAGUGGUGUGCUGGGCACGCGGGGCCGCACGUGCAACAAGACAUCCAAGGCCAUUGAUGGCUGCGAGCUGCUGUGCUGCGGCCGUGGCUUCCACACAGCACAGGUGGAGCUGGCCGAGCGAUGCGGCUGCAGGUUCCACUGGUGCUGCUUCGUCAAGUGCCGUCAGUGCCAGCGGCUCGUGGAGAUGCACACGUGCCGGUGACUGCUCUCACCUGUGCCCAGUACCACCUGCACGGCCCAGGGAAGGCCAAUAAUUUAAACAGUCUCCCACCACCUACCCCAAGAGAUACUGGUUGUAUUUUUUGUUUUGGUUUGGUUUUCGGGUCCUCAAGUUAUUUAUUGCCAAAAACAGGCAGGCAACCCCAAGGGCACCAACCAGGGCCUCCCCAAGCCUGAGCCUUUGUGUGUGGCUGCCACUGACCAAAGGGACUUUGUUUAUGCCUCUGGCUGUCUACACUGACCACUGCUGACUACUCAGCUGCUGUUGGUGUCUAUUUUUCUACAUGUAGACUAAAAAGUUGGUAACAAGGAGUGCCUGUGUACCCACCAUCCAGGGAAACAGAUGGCCCUGUGGCAGGGACAGCAGGUUCCAUCUUGGUGGAAUUUUUAUCACCGGCAAUAAAGGAGCUUGCACCUGUGCACACCACACAUACCCAGGGACCGCUGGAAAUCUGCGUCUGGGAACCCUGACUCUUCAAGUCCCUAGGAAGGGAAUGGACAAGUACCAGGUCAAAGGCUAAGGGUUCCUCCUCUCAGCCCUCACGUGAGCAGCUAGAUUCCAGGCAGGCACACAGGUGAGGAAGGGGCGAGAAUGCCCACCCUAGGCCAGCCUGCCUCAGUCUCCUCCUUGGAAAGGGAAACUGCCCCUACUCCUAGACCCUCCCAGGCAGGGGCAGGCUGUCAUCCUGGAUCAGAUCCUAGCUUGGGCCUAGCAAGUCAUAUCCCUGUGAGUCACCUCACAGUGCUGUCCUCUGUGACUCUGAGAAUGGAAAUGUCACACAGAGAGACAGGAAAGGGCUGUGCAGAGAUCCCACCCUAUGAUAUCUCACUCACAUAACAAAAUUUAUUGAGCAAACACUUUCAGGCCCUGUCCUGGGGUAUCUCCGUUGGUGACCACAUCUGUCCUGGGAACAGACAUAGAAGCACACACCCUCUUUACAGCAGGUAGUCAUGCCUGUCAGCCCCACAAGACCUUGGUAGAGGAAGAGCCAGGCUCCUCCUUAGUCCCUGUAUCCAAUGACAGAAAUACAACAGGUCUCCUUGGGCCUGAACAAUGGGACAGAGGCUCUGGAUAGAAGAAAAGGUACAGGGAGGCAGUAGGAGCUGGAGCCCACAGGCUGGGCUGGAGCCCACAGGCUGGGCUGGAGCCCACAUGGUUGCACAGGGUUAGGAGGCUGAGGCAAGAAGAGAAACAGCUGGAAGGUUGAUUAGUGAGGUCUCAGAAUCCAAGGCACCUCCUUCCCCAGGACCUCAGGUCCCCAAGGCCUUCAGUACAGUAAGGACAAAAGAUUCCCCAAGGGGCAGCAUCAGUAGCUGGUGCCUGGUCCAAUGCCAAACUGUCAAGAACCUACCAAGGGUUCUGUGCACAGGACACAUACAGACCCAACUGCUCCUCAGGUGGGUGACCAAUGCUCAGAGGAACUUCCCAGCAUGGUCUCCAAGUUGCUCCCAUGUCCAGGACUCCAGGUUUGAUAUCUUCAGCUCUGAGAUCCCCUGUGGGACUCUGAAACCCAAGCUCUUUGCUAUUGGGUGGUGUGAAUGCAAAAUCCAAGAUUCUGAACAUGGGCUCAGGCCUGCACAAACUCUCCUCUGAGUCUGUGGUUUGUGCCUCCUGGCAUUGGCUCCCUCACGAAGAGAGGGUCAACACCCUUGGCCCCCAUCCAAGCUCCCUGCUCACUGUCCAUCUGAAGAGGCAGCCAAAACCAAGUGAGAUGCUGGAACCACGUUCAAAUGCAGGGAUAAUCUUGGGCAGGCUGUCUCUGAUGUGGAUGAAAGCUGAGCUGACCAAGGGUCCCCACAGCUGCCCAGCUGGGCCCACUGCUCCUCUAGUAGACUUAGUUCAGCACCGAGGAAGAUACAGCCCCCUCCAGAGAGCCAGGCCCAGUCAAAUGAAGCAGGGGAGCUGUCCCUUCAGAGAAUGCUGAGCCAGGAACCCCAUCCAAGAGCAGUGGGGUCCAGACUGCUUACUGGCUUGCUGGACACUGUUCCAAGAAGGAGGGUACCUAGUGCCCCUAAGAUGAUCCUCCUGGGGUUCUGCAGGCUGUGACUAGGUGAAUCAGACCACAGGCUCAAACCACUGCCAAGGACAAAGGAAUCCAGAGCCACAGAAAAAGAGCUUCGUUGGACUUGUCCAGCUCCAAACUGUCUCAACUACAAAGAGCUGGCAGAGGGCUGACAGAGCUCAUCACACCUGGGUCACAAAGGACCCAGGAACUGGACAGAAGGUCCGCAUCCUACCUGAACCACUCUCCACUGUUCCUAUCACGAGGCAAAAGUGGUACUCCUCCAAGGCCAGGGCUGGAUAAACCCCAGCUCUGGAUGCUGCUACCCUACUCUGCUGCCCCUUCCCAUCCUCCAAUUUUUAUACAAGGCUCCUUGGCAUUGUGACAUCCCCAUGGCAUAGUCUGAGAUGCACGAUAAAAUGGUUAUUUCUUUA